UUUUCUUCCUUUAAGGUAUAUACAUUCUUGAUCAGUAUCAUUCGAGCUGGCCAUAUUCGUCCAUCUGUCCCACAAAUCGCGCGAAACUCUUACGCCCACACUUUUGAAAAAUGUUUUAAUAUUCUGUUUGCAAUCCGACUAGCUGAGUAACGCAUAUGUGAUAGUCAAGAAACUUGACUGUAGCGUAAUUCCUUGUUUUCAAACGAUUACUUUCAAAACAAAAAUUAGCCUAAAAAGCUUUGAUAGCAUUAAAUGAACAACUAUAUUUACAAAAGCAAAAUAUCGUAUUAUAAUGUUUACAAAAUAUGUAAGAAAUCCAGAAAUUACUUUAGGGAAGGUGUUAAAUUAUCCUGUGCGACUAGGUUCCUUUCCGGGGUUUCAACCCCUUGGUAAGCAACAGGCGGCAAUUUGCUGGCCAUUUGGCUGCCCCUUAAACGAAAAUCAAUACAACUUGCGGUCUAUUUUCGAACACAGUGUUAAAAAAAACAGUUCAUAGGCGGAUUUCCCAGCACGGAUGCUUUAUUUUCGGCUUCCUGUUUCGGAGAACUGCAUUCUCUCCGUUCAUUGUGAAGCUUUAAAGUUUAUUUUGUGAGGCAGGCUGCAGCAAAAGCUUGCAAUGCUGCAAUGUAAAUAGAGCAGCGCACCUGUGGAGGUCCUUUCCACAUCGUCCUGUUCCACCUCUCACUUGCCAAGCGACUUUCCUUACCCCUUUUUCUCCCAACUUUGAUUUUGAGUACGCCUGUGUGUGUGCGCCGGACUCUCUGGGGCAAGUUGCCUGUUGAAUGCCGGACCCGCUGUCAGUUGGAUUCGCAUCCUGACGCCGUGCAGAAGCAUCCUGCUUCCACCUAGUUCACUCCGCUCGUUUGGUUUUUUUUGUUUGCCUCCGCGCGCCAUGGGCAACCAGUUGAGUGUGAACAGCAUCCAGGAUGCGGUCAUCGAUCGCUUCCGCUCGGUGGCUUUAACCACCGAUGCCAACGGCGCCAUGCGCAUCCGUUCGUUCUCGGAGGGCGUGGUGGCCACCACCCACCAUCAUCAUCAGCAUCAGCAGAAUCAGCAGCAGAGUCCCCAUUGCAGUGGACGCGGCGGACGCAUCCUGCGCGAAAGUAGCAUCGAUGGCGGGGUGGCCAUGUUCGAUGCUCUGCUUCGCGAUGGUCACGAACACCGGCUGAGCUUGGAUGCAGUGCAUCGCAUGCGGCAUGUUCGCACCUCCUGCACCACAAUUCCCGAGGAGGAUGCUGUCAGCGAUCGCAGCCUGCAGAUUCAUCUCUCCACUCUGGCCCGCGAACGUGAGCAGGAACUUGAGCUUGAGCGCCAGCGGGAACGCGAAGUAAGUUGAAAAGUCGAAAAAGUUUCCAAUUGCGGAAAACGGUAGGAAAUUACUGGGAAUUUGUGCUGAAAAGCUUUUGGCGGAACAAGAUUUAAAGUGUGGGAGUGUGCGCAUACUAGAAAGCUUUGAAUCGUUUGGAAUUGGUGUCUUGUUGAUUCGAUUUGUGACUGCAAAUCACGAUGUCGUUAGUUCUAACACAAAUAAAAACAUGCACAAAUUUUUACCGUAUUCCGGGAGCACCUAAUACCCUACUUUGAAUAUAGAAAUCUAAUAAAAUCACAGGAAGUAUGCUAUGUUUAGAGCAAUCUUUGUUAUGCUAUU